AUGCGCGUUGCACUUCGAUUGCUCAGACCGGCUGCCAAUCAGAAUAUCGCAACACCGAAACUAUGGCAAGAUCCGGUCUUUGGUUACUUCGAAACGCAUGGCAAAACAAAAUUCUUAGCCGGUGAAGAAUACAAUCUAACCGAUGAACAAAAAAAGGCAGUUCUUUGGCGAUAUCGAGUGAAAGAAAUUUUAAAGAAGGAAUAUCUGAGACGAGAAUUCGAUCCUCACAAAUUCAAAUACAAGGCAGGUGUGGUGAUUGAUCCGGCAAUGUUCCGCUGGUAUUCCGCUGAUAUGACACAAGCAGAAUUCUUCCGCUUCACUCCCAGAUCAGUCUUCUUGUACUGUGGUGGAGUGUUCCUCUUCUUCUAUCUGUAUUGCCGCCUUAUGUAUUCGUCAGUGGAGAAAUCAGCUGAGAAAUGUAUUGACGGUGAAUUGUUGUGGUGGGACAGGCAACAAGGUCGUACACUCACCACAUGUGGCAGUGGUCAUUUCGCACCAACUAUUGGGAUCGAUUUCUGA